ACCCAGAACAUUAAAUCCACUGUUUUGCCUACUAGUUUUAGCAACGAGCAACGUCAACACUUAUGUUGUAGAAAAAAGCUAUGCCCUAUCAAUAUACGACUUGAUGAAGCUCAUUUCCUAUGAGCAUUACCUACUAAAUAUCUUGCAGGACUUUACAGAUCAACUGCAAGACAAAGUGAAUACAAUAGAAAAUUAUUUGCAAAUGAUGGAAUACGAAGAAGAUGAUCAGUUACCGACUAAUCCCAUUGAAUACUUUCGGCUCAUUCGUCGCCUGCACUUGGACUAUUUAAAUUGGGUAUGGUAUUUGGAACAGCAGCCCUGGGAGGGUUUGGUUUCGAAUAUAAAUGCUAUUGCUCCGGAAAUGCCGUCCACCACAGACAUCGAGGAGGCUACCAGUGGAUUGAAACUCAUCCAGAGGGUGUAUUCGCUUCCCACUCAUGAAAUGGUCGAGGGAAUUUUUCAGGGCAUUCAUCACAACACCUCACUCAACCCAAUGGAGUGUUAUACCAUUGCCAAUGAUUUGUUCAAGGAGAAAGAUUUUGUUUUUGCCUUGGAAUGGUUGAGCGUGGGUGCGCAAAUGUACAUGGCGGAUAAGGACAACGAGGAUCUUUAUACACAACUCGGAGUACCCUUGGUCAAUUUUAUCGAACUUUUCGUGCAGAUACAAGAUGCUCUAGGUGAGCGGAGUUUGGCCAUGACUGAAUUGGAAACAGCCAUGGAGACUUGGCCGGAUCAGGCUAGCUUGGGACGAGCUCAUUCUCGCUUGAAGAUGAGCAUUCGCAUCGGAGAGGAGUCAAAGAUAUCGAAAGAGGUGCCAUUAGGUGUCUAUGAGUAUUGUUGCACACUCGAAUGCCGUCCCAAUUUAAGACUAUUCUGCCAGUACAAUACCACCGCCUCAUCGUUUCUCCGAUUGGCUCCGCUCAAAAUGGAACUUCUAUCCCUCGAUCCCUACGUGGUGCUCUACCAUGAUGUUGUUUCCGAAAAGGACAUCGCCAGUAUUAAAAUGCUGGCACAGAACAACCUCACCCGAGCCCAGACCUUCAAUCCGAACAGAACACUGGCGAUAGACCCUUUUCGCACGACCAAGGGCAGAUGGAUAAAUGAGAUGGAAGGAGUGAUGCAUAGAAUGUCCCAACUAACUGAAGACAUGACAAAUCUCGACCUUAAUGGCUCCGAGUUGUUCCAGGUUAUGAACUAUGGAAUAGGCGGAUUCUACGGAACCCAUUAUGACUUCUUAGGCACUCCGAAUCACAGCAAAUGGGACUUUUCAGAUCGCAUGGUCACGAGCAUGAUUUAUUUGAGCGACGUGCCUCUGGGAGGAGCCACAAUAUUUCCGGAACUGGAACUGUCAGUUUUCCCAAAAAAGGGCUCAGCACUUAUAUGGUACAAUCUGAAUCAUAAAGGUGAAGGCGAUACAAGGACAGCCCACUCAGCCUGUCCCACGAUAGUGGGCUCCAGAUGGGGUAAUAAGAUCUUUCACAUUUCUCCCAGUUCCAUUUAUUUAGUUUUAUUUCACAGUCAUGACCAAGUGGAUAAGAGAGCAUCCGCAAAUGUUCAGAAGACCAUGCCAAACUAAGAGAGAUCGUUUCGAAUGAAAACUACUCCAAUGGUGUAAAUAUAUUGGUUUAAAUAUGUGGUUUAAAUACAUUACUAUGGUUUAUCCAUAAAUAAUUGAUUUUUUUGGGUACUUUGUAGUUUGAUCCAUGUUUAUGUUCUUAUAAUAAACGUAGUUUGUUACGCUACUUUGUAUUUAAA